AUGGACGAAGUAGCUAGAGGUCGUGGUGCGAGAAGUCAUGGUGCUAGAGGCCGUGGCGGCAGAGUUGACCAUAGUGGCAGAGAUGGUGGUAGAGCUGGAGGCCGAGCAGGCCGAGGUGGGCGUCAUGGACUUCCGGCAGAUUCGGGAGAGAGUGCAACGCCCAGUGUGGCGAUUGUGUCGGUGACCCAUACAGUAUCCUUGGCGGGUGAGGCCAGUUUGGAUGCUAGUGCGAGUGUGGGGAUGGGGGCAGCUCCAUGUGGGGUGUGGUUCGCAGUAGGAGACUUGGGAGCCCGAGGCAAAGAUGAAAUUGAAGUUCAGGAAGUGGUUCGACAAGCAGGUCGUGGAUGGUUCUCUGACAAACUCUACUGGGUGCAAGUAGGCCUCGGUUUGAGUAGCUUACAUGGGUGCAAGUGGGCUCAGUAUAAGCGGUUUCAGGUUCAUCUAGGAUUUGAGGUAUGUCUCGGGGAUCAUGUGAGGAUCUCCAGUGUUGGCCUUGCAAGGUCGGGUUUUGGUCCUUGUGUGACGUUUUGUGUUGGAAUUCGAGGACGGAUCCAGUUUAGUGAGGGAGAGUUGUAA